AUGUUAACCAGAUUAACGAGAACAAACAACAAGAUCUUGCCAAUUGUUAUUGGCAGUGCUGCUGUUGCGUGUUCUGCGUAUUAUGCAUCCAGAUUCUAUCAUCCAAUUUUGAACGAGUCUUCCAAAACUGUAUUCAAGGGUGACGAUCAAUGGAUCGAUUUGAAGUUGUCGCACAUUGAGGACGUUUCUCACGAUACUAGAAGAUUCACUUUUCAAUUGCCAGAGGCUGAUUCAGAGCUCGGUUUAACACUUUGCUCUGCAUUACUAGCCAAAUAUGUCACUCCAAAGGGCUCGAAUGUCAUUAGGCCUUACACACCAGUUGGCGAUCUUGCCGAAAAGGGUUCCUUUCAAUUGGUUAUCAAGCACUAUGGGGAUGGUAAGAUGACUAAUCAUUUAUUUGGUUUACAUCCCCCUGAAACGGUCUCUUUCAAAGGUCCAAUCAAAAAGUUCCCAUGGAAAGAGAACGCUUUUGAUUCCAUCACAUUGUUGGGUGCCGGUACAGGUAUCAAUCCGCUAUUUCAAUUGAUACAUCACAUUGCAAAAAAUCCUAACGAUAAGACUAAAGUCAACGUUUUCUACGGUAAUAAGACACCCGCUGAUAUUUUGUUGAAGAAGGAGAUGGACGCUUUACAAAAGGAGCAUCCUGACAAGGUAAAGAUCACUUAUUUUGUUGAUCAGAAGGAAGGUGAAUACGAUGGUGAAAUUGGUUUCAUUACCAAAGAUUUCAUCGAAGCUCAAGCUGCCAAGCCCGAUGAGAACACACAUAUUUUCAUUUGUGGUCCACCACCAUUCAUGAAAGCGUAUUCUGGUCCAAAAGUGUCACCAAGUGAUCAAGGUGAACUGGUUGGUAUUCUAAAAGACCUCGGCUACACCAAGGAACAAGUGUUCAAAUUUUAA